AUAUAGACGACGAUACCAAGGUGAUCAUACCUUAUUCAGCCAAUCAAUAUAGAAUCUCUGAUCAAUUAAGCAGCAGGAAAAGGGUCGAAGUGGCUUGUUAUGUUGCGGCUUCCCUCGAUCUCUCACACAAGCACUAAUUUAUAGGGUUAUAUAUAUGGGUGUUGAUAAGGGUUUAUGUGGGAAAUUCACCUCAAACAGAUAAAUGGUUUAACAUUAGGGAUGAAUUUGUUAAGGAAAUGAAAGUUUAGUGACUGCUUCGUCGAUGACCCAAAAGUUUAGUAACCAUAAUAUAAUUGCCACAUCAAUAAGUUUGGUUGGCGUCCUAGUAGAUUUAUACCAUCUCUUAUCUUAGGUCCUUUUUGGCUGGACUCACGAUGGAGCAUCCUAAGGUCAAGUACCUUAUUUUUCUUGUGCAGAUUUCCCCACUUUUUAAUAUUAAUAACUUAAUUGGUAUUUUGGUCGGAAAUUGAUAAUUAAGUCUGUUUAUUUAUAGCAAUUAAUGACCAAUAAAUUAUAUCUCCAAAUUGCAGGGAAGAAAUCGUUCACAUGGUUUGGGCCAGUGCCAAGGGUGAACAUCAUGAACCCUGAGCAUAUAAAAGAAGUGCUCACCAAAAUUGACGAUUACCCAAAGUCGAGGCCCAACCCACUGUUGAGGUUGUUGGCAACCGGAAUUGCAAGCUACAACGGCGAGAAAUGGGCACGUCACAGAAGAAUCCUUAACCCUGCAUUCCACCAGGAGAAGUUGAAGGUAACUGUGUACAUAAAUGGUCACUGAAGUUUCGGUUUACUAACGAAUCGGUGAUUGUGUAGUUUUAUAUUUGACAUGUUCGUAUUUGUAGAGAAUACGGUCUACUUUAACAAAAAAACAGUAACUUUCAUCCAAACUCCAUCAAGUUUAUAUAUUAUUGGACCUGUUGUUUGGAAACUAUGGAGAGGAAUGGAUUAGGGUGGUUUCAGAUAAUAUGAGUUAGAAUUGGACCCAAUAAUGAGAAUCUUUUAGAUUGUUUAUAAAUACUUAAAAUGGAUUGUCCAUAAAUAUAAACUUGUAAUAGGACUCACUCAUUUAAUUGUGCCUUCUUUUUUAGUUGAUGGUGCCAGUGUUUUAUGGAAGCUGCAAAGAAAUUGUUGACGAGUGGGAGAGGGCGGUGAAGUCUAACGAAACAGACUCCUGUGAGUUGGAUGUGUGGCCUUGUCUACAGAGCAUGACCUGUGAUGUAAUUUCUCGAACGGCAUUUGGAAGCAGUUACAAAGAAGGGACAAGAAUUUUCGAACUGCUAAGAGAAAUGACUUUUCUCGUCAUGCAGAUCGCCCGACAAGUUUAUAUACCAGGAUGGAGGUAAUUAAACAUAUGAAACACACUCGAACAUGACAACAUUCGUUUCUCAUUUGUGUUUCUUUUUCUUUCUCCAACCAGGUUUGUACCGACCAAGCUAAACACCAGGAUGAAACAAGCGCACAAGGAAAUCCAAGAAGCGACACAAGAGAUCAUCAACAAGAGAGAGAAGGCGAUGAGAAUGGGUGAGGUAGUCUCCAACAACGACUUGCUCGGCCUAUUGAUGGAAUCAAACAACAGCAGUGGCAAAAACGGAAAUAUGACACUGGAGGAUGUUAUCGAGGAAUGCAAGUUGUUCUACUUUGCCGGCCAGGAGACUACCUCCACCGUGUUGGUAUGGACAAUGAUCCUUCUCAGCAAGUACCCCGUGUGGCAAGAGCGUGCAAGACAGGAGGUCUUGCACGUCUUUGGCACUGACAUCGUCAGUGCCACCCCCCUCGAUUCCAGUGGCCUCAGCCAGCUAAAGACCAUGACCAUGAUCUUGCACGAGGUUAUGAGGUUGUACCCUCCUAUCAUGCAACUGACUCGAGCUAUCGAGAGAGAGACGAAGAUGGGUGACUUUGUCCUGCCGACAGGGAUUCAGGUGGCUCUACCGACAAUCCUCGUCCACAAGGACCCCGAGAUAUGGGGGAGCGAUGCGGGGGAGUUCAACCCUGAGAGAUUUGUCGACGGAAUUUCUAAGGCGACAAAGAACCCUAAUCAACAGGGUGCUUACUUCCCCUUUGGAUGGGGUCCUCGAAUUUGCAUCGGACAGAAUUUUGCUCUAAUGGAGGCUAAAAUGGCUUUGGCAAUCAUUCUGAAGAGGUUUUCCUUUGAGCUUGCACCAUCUUAUGCCCAUGCUCCUUCCACGGAGGCUCCCAUACUUCAGCCACAAUUCGGUGCUCGACUCAUCCUUCAUAAGCUCUGAAAGAAACCCAGUUGAGCUAUAUAUAUUGCUUUGAAUAAAUAAACGUCGUGGUUGUCCAGAUAACACGAUCUACCUAUUUAGGUUGCUUUAGCUAGACUGUACUGAAAAAACUUUUGAGCUUUAUAGUUUCAGUGCCUUUAUCAAUUGGUUCAGCUAGCUGUAUUAUUCGUUCGAUAUUUAUGGCACCACUUAUUGUGUUGUUUUCAUUAGGUAAUGCACCUUUGUUUGCAGCUGGGGUAUAUGUUUCCAUAACGCUAACGUCAAGCUUGCCUUUUAGCGUCCCACUCCCAAUUCCCAACCCUGUGCAGAGAAAAUGGCCUUAGUGAGAAUGUCAACCACUUAAGGUUUGUAUGGAUGUGGUAGUUAAUUAACAGAUGUGUGUUGGUUACAAUGUUUAGAAAUAUGUUAGAUGUAUUGAAUUUGCAUAUUAUUGUACUGAGGAAAUUCGAAUGUAGCCAAAAAUAAUUUAGUUUCAAACUUUUAAUAAUUCAAGUUAUUGAGACUUAUUGGUUCUUGUGGCCUUAGAGUUUGUAUAAGAAAGAGAUCUUGUAUCCCCACAAUCCCAACAUUAACAUUAGCUUAAAGCUCAUAAUUAUUGUUUCCUUUGACGAAGUGUACAUGUUAGUGAAUUUGUGAAUGAUAUAAGAUUUAAUUAUUACCAGUGUAACACCUAGGAAUGACAAUGGGUCGGGUUGGAUCAGGUUUCUCUAAAUACAAACUAAACAAAAUUGGUGCACCCAUUAAAAAUCCGGUAAAAUAGUCAUUGGGUUUUAGAAGUGAAAAUGAAACUCAACCCAACCAGUAUCCACAGGUGCUUGGAUACCCAUGGGUUCAAAAAAUAAUCAUACAUUUCUUCAACAACCCACAUCAUAACGUUUUUUAAAAUUUUCUUAUAAAUAUGGGGCUUGCUAUUUGCCGCCAACCAAAUUGCUAUUUGCCGCCAACCAAAAAAAAAAAAAAGUAUAUAUAUGCAUCUUUGGUUAAGGAGUUUCACAAUCUACAACAUAUCCAACUUUCAGAGAACGUAUUUAAUCAGAAAAAUUCAACGCUCGCCGGAAAAGUCGCCGGAAAAUCAUCGAUGAAAAAAAAUGUAUAUAUAUACAUCUUUGGUUAAGGAGUUUCACAAUCUACAACAUAUCCAACUUUCAGAGAAUGUAUUGAAUCAGAAAAAUUCAACGCUCGCCGGAAAAGUCGUCCGAAAAUCAUCGGGAAAGCCUAUCCUCGACAUAUAAUGCGUACACGCAUCCAUGAAUCAUCACUAACCAUCAGACAAUGUGGGCAAAGUGCUACACGAACCAUGUGUUUCAAACCCUAAACCCUAAGUGAACCCUGAACCCUAAACCCUUUGUUGAUGUGACUUGAAUCGGACUAUCAGCCGCUACGACUGGUAAUCGGGGGUCUCGCUGUUAUUUGGGUUCGGGUUCUGGGCCUGGUCUGUAACCGUUUCCUUUGUCAUAUUGGAUUAGGUUUAGACCCACAUGGAGAAGUACUAUAAAUACUUCGUGUUAGU